UACUAGAGUGCGGUUUAAAUAGUAUAGGUUCGCUUCGAUAGAUUUAACAUAAGUGACUACACUAACCUUUCUAUUUUCAAUCUUUAACUCACCGAUUUUUCUUUUUAUGGGACAUAAUUGUUUCCCUAUACAUUUGUGCGAUGGGACAUUUUGGAAAACCUCACCGAUAAUAGGAGAUCUGGAGACCGGCUCGAAAAGGGGGUGGAUAGACCGAUAUAUUCGAGCAGGCGCACUAAAGGUGCUAGAGGUGGUGGAGGAGUCCGGGGGUUCGGGGAUGGAGGAUGAAGCUGAGAGUACAAACCGCAUAUAUAAUCCAGUGUAACGCGCGUUUACCUCGGCCAGAGAGAACUCUACUCGGAACGAGUAUAAAAACGAACGUAAAAAUCGAGCGAUGAACAACGGUUCUCCACAGAAUUCCGAUACAGCUGCCCAGCAACAUCGAAGCGGCGUUGACAACAGCGAUGAAGAGGAAUGGAGUGGUGUUGUCGAAUGUGCUGUACUGGAACGAUCCAAGUCGGAUCGUGUGACAAGGGUGGAUGAGGAUAGGAGACGCCGUACCAUUAUCGUGGAAAAGAAAAAUGGCACGUAUGGUUUCACGUUACAGAGUUAUGGUAUACAUUAUAAGAGAGAACAUGAGAUAGAAAUGAUCACUUAUGUUGAUUACAUCGAAUACGAUGGGCCUGCAUUCAAAGCAGGUAUGAGAGAAGGUGAUGUUAUACUUUCCAUAAAUGGUCAUGAAAUGGAUCGAGCCGAUCACACUACUCUCGUUAAUUUUAUAAAGAACUGUGAUACCAGAAUGAGAAUGGUCGUGUCAUUUGAAGACUGUGUAAGAAAGGUACAAUUACAUAUGCGUUACUUAGAGCUACAACGUGCUCUUCAGUUACGUUUAGGUGAACUUGAAAGAUUAUGCGAAAGAGAACGUUCCAUAUUAAUGGGUCGAUGGAAAACCCAUUCACUUCCAGCACGUAAAAGAACACCCAGUAGUAUUAUAACGAGUAAUCCUAAUCAACCAUCACCAUCUUCGAGUUUUAAUUCGUCAACUAUUCAAUGUUGUCGGCCUGCAACAUCUACGGAACAUCUUUUACUUUAUAAUUUGUUUGGCGAUGGCCGACCAUGUUUGAUACCACGUGCAGCUUGUUUGGUAACGGUAGGGCCACCACGUUCUCGAAGCGAUCAUCAUCAGUUUCUUUCAAAGAUGCCUAGUGAAUCUGGUGCAUCCACUUCGUCGCGUCAUAGUUAUCAUCAAGCAAAUGGUAUGAGCGGUACUCCAGCGAAAAUGAAAUCACACAAAUCUUGUCAACAGCAACAAAAUUCGUCGACGAGUGGAGAUGUAUUAGCGGUUCAUCAUUCUCAACAAAAUAGUCUCUGCGUAGCUUGUAUCUCAAGUGCCAAUCGUCGUCGAGAACAAUCGGAUACUGGUAGUUUGGAUGCAUAUGAUCUAGCUAGUCCCUGCUGCGAUCCAAAUUGUGUCCCAAGCCGCAGAAGACGUGAGAAACAACGUCGAGCUAGAAAUGAACAAAAUCAUCUUCAGCAACAACAUUUGCAGCAGCAGCAGCAACAACAACAACAACAACAACAGCAGCAGCAGCAGCAGCAACAACAGCAACAACAGCAACAACAACAACAACAUACAGCACAAGCUCAACGAGAACAGCAGCAGCAACAACAAGGACAACAACAACAGCAGCAACAGCAACAGCAACAACAGCAGCAACAACAUGGUACGCACAAUUGCUCCAGGUCUUCUGGCCAUAGUCUUCAUUCCAUUACUAGCAGCGACGUAUCAACUACCGCUGAUAGCGUGGCUUCUUGUUCUACGAGUUUAAGUACAGACACUCUUUAUUGGGAUCCAAAUGUUCAUCAAAGACCACCACCGUGCCUUCAAUAUGCCAAACCCAAGUCAUGGGAUAAUUUAACGACAAAAGCUUUCGGUGGAUACGGAUUUGGUUAUGGGUAUCUCGAUACAGCUACAAUAAAGACUUAUAGCGCUGAAAGACCUGGAAAAGGAGGUCAUGGACGUGCUAAAACACCUACGGGUACGGUACACAGAAGAAUAAAUAACAAUACGUCUUAUUCCACUGGUAAUACUCGACAUUUUCAACCUACUAAAUCUACCGAAAGUCUUCUCAUUCCACCUCCUUAUCAAAACGAGUUAGACGGUAGUAUAAGCUGUGAAUGUUUAGACGAACCAAGCCCAAGAUUUUUACCAGUUGUUCAAUUGGAAAAACAUAAAGAAUCCGGCUACGUCGCUACUAAUCACGCUCAAAUCAGACAUCGACGUUCUAGUCACUCUGAAGGAAAGCUCAGAGCGAUUAACAGUUCCGAAGUAACUCGUUUGUGAAUUUAUUUCUUUCUAGAUUUCUAUAUAUCCUGGAAUAUUAUGUAAAAUGAGCGUUGUAUCAUAUCCGUGGGGUGGUCUUUUCUGCUCUUACCAAUCAAUCUUUUCUAUAAAAGCUUGUAUUUGUGUUUUCCGAGAAUAAGUUUGAAAUUUGACGAAGAAACGUUCCGUCUUCUAGACACCUGAUUAUACAUGAAAGAAUUUCAUCAAAUUAGGAUUAUUGAAAUGUAGGUUUGAAGUGGAAAUUGAAAUGAAAAAUAUUUCUCGUCGAAUAAUUAGGUGUUGAAGAUGAUUACUCAGUUAUACCAAAGACGAGACUAUAAUAUUGCUCUAUAAUGAAAGAAAUGCACAACUGCACUUGGAAUUGUCUCCUUGAUCUACGUAGAAACUAAAAAAGUUUGAUAAAUUUUUUAAGGGCGCGCCAAUUAAUAGCAAACAGUUUAAUACAUUAGAUAACCACUUCCAUGGACAACACAAAUAAAUAUUAUAAAUA